AUAAUAACAUGACGACUACGACGAAGGCAGCGUGUUGUAGAUUGUUUUUAAUUCAGUUGAUUUCGAUUGAUUAUUCCAAACGGACGUGACACAGUCAACAGAGAAGUAAGGCAAAGCGACAAAAAACGAAAUGUCGUUCAUUGCAUCGUUGGAUGUUGGAACUACCUCAUUGAGAUGUUUUAUUUUUAAUGAAAAAUGCCAAAUUAAGGGUUCCGCUAGUGAAUUGGUGGAAUUACUCAACCCUAGACCUGGUUGUUUUGAAAUCGAACCAGAAAAAUUAUGGCAUAGUGUAGUCAAUGUUAUCUCGAACGCUAUCAAAGAUGCAAAUCUCAAGUCCUCCGAUAUCACUUGCCUGGGGAUAUCAACGCAACGUUGCACGUUUUUAACUUGGGAUAGCAACACUCAAGAAUAUUUUCAUAAUUUUAUCACUUGGAAAGACUGUCGGUCCGAUGGACUUGUAAAUAAAUGGAAUUCAGGAUUUAUAUUAAAAACAUUAAAUACUCUAUCUUAUGGAUUAUAUUUAGUGACACGUAGUAAACGCUUUUUGGCGGGAAGCGUAUUAAAAAUGAUGAAUGGACAAGUUACUCUGAGACUUAUUCAUGAGAUUGAAGCGAAUCCAAAAUUGAAAGAAGCAAUAAAAAAUAAGACUGCUAUGGUAGAUACUUUGGACUCAUGGUUAAUAUACAAAUUAAGGACUGGAUCAGAAAAGGACUUGAAGAUUGAACACAUAACCGACAUAACUUCUGCAACCGCGACAGGUUUAUUUGAUCCAUUUACGUUGGCUUGGUCGGACUUGAUGAAAAUGUUAUUUGGAAUAAACCUAAACCUUUUACCAAAAGUUGUUUCAAAUUCGGCCGAUUUUGGUUGCAUUCAUGAAUCACUUUUUGGUACCCGGAUUCCUAUAGCAUCAUCGGUAAGCGAUCAAACCGCAUCAUUAUGGGGUUCAAAUUGUUUCGAAGAAGGCGAUCUGAAAAUAACCAUGGGAACUGGUUCAUUUCUAGAUCUAAUUACUGGCAAGAAUUGCCAGGCUUCCAUACAUGGUCUAUAUCCGUUAGUAGCUUGGCACUUCAAAGAUACAAAAUUAGGUGAUGAUAUCAAAUUUUGUGUUGAAGGUUCAGUCCAGGAUACGGGUACUCUAAUAUGUUGGGCUCAAUCGUGUGGCCUAUUUAAUCAACCAUCUGAAACUUCAGAUAUUGCAAAUUCAGUGGAAAAUACGAAUGGAGUUUAUUUUGUACCUGCAUUCAGUGGAAUUGGACCUCCAGUGAACGAUUACAAAGCAGCUUCAGGUUUUCUAGGUAUAACUCCAUCCACUACCAAAGCACAUUUAGUAAGGGCAAUUUUAGAAAGUAUUGCUUUUCGCAUUGCACAAGUAUGUGAGGCAACCCGAAGUGAAACCAAUUACAAAAUUGAAUGUUUAAAAGUCGAUGGCGGUGUUUCGAAAAAUGAUUUUAUUUGUCAAUUCCUUGCUGACCUCGUUGGGAUCAGUGUGGAACGCGCUGUCAAUUCAGAAUCAAGUGUACUUGGAUCAACGUAUGUAGCUGGGCUUAAUAUGGGAAUCUGGAAAAGUCGAAACGAAAUUAGACAGUUUCGAGUUGUUGACAAACUCUUUAAACCGCGAGAUGAAUUAAGAUCAGAAAAUCUAGAGAGAAUGAAAAUUUGGGAGAGAUCUGUGGCUAGAUUUAAAGAAUGGUAUUGAAAAAGGUUGUGAAAAAAAAUAUUCACUCAAAUUGUACUGCACAAUAACCAAAGGUUUUGUAAAUAAAUAUUCGGAUUAAGGGACAUAAAUAAAUUUUUUUAAAUACAAAAUAUAAGAUUUGUUU